AUGGCUGCGGCGGAAGGUCGGAGCAGCCCUCCAGCUAUAAAGGGGACGGCGGGGAGGCAGAGCCGGGUGUCCGCACGGGCUGCGCUGCUGCCGGGCCCCGCCUGCCCCCCAUCACCGCCACCGGACCCCCGCCCACCCCCGGGCGCAGCACCCCCGCAGCAUCCCGGCACCCAGCCCCAGCAUUCCCAGGAUUGCCCCAAGCACCCUGCAGCACCCCCCGGAUUGCCCCAAGCGUCCCGGAGCAUCACCCGGAGGGUCCUUGUCAUCCGCCCCGAGCAUCCUCGGAUCGGUCUCGGCACUCCGAGCAUCCCUCGGCUCCCCGCUGAGCAUCCCUCGGAUCGGUCCGGGCACUCCGAGCGUUCCCGGCUCAUCCUGAGUAUCCCGGGCUCGCCCCGAGCAUCCCCGGGCUCGCCCCGAGCAUCUCGACUCAUCCCGAGCAUCUCCCGGCUCAUCCCGAACAUCUCCCGGCUCUCCCCGAGCAUUCCCGGCUCGUCCCAGCCCGCCCCCCGUGCUCCGGCCGUGUCUCCAGGGAAGAUGCUCAACGUUAUGGAUUUCUCCUGCCCGGAUCCGCUUUACUCCAAGUACGAGGAGAGCUGCGAGAUGAAAACCGGAGACCUGCAGGGCUUGGGGCAGCCUGAGCAGCAACUUCUGUCAGAGGCCGAUUUCCUUGGAGGUGAGCUGGUGGGCGCCCCGGCGAGCGGCGGGGCCGUGGAUUAUUCCCUGCUGGGCAGCCAACCCUCCCCUUCCCUCAGCUACACCGGCAGCUUCUUCAUCAAGGCGGUACCGGAGCAUCCCCAGGACCAGGAAUCCCUGUUCAACCUGAUGUCGGGCAUCCUGGGCAUCUCCCCCUUCUUCUCCUCCUCCGACAGCCACCAGAGGCACCUGGAUGCUCUUUACCCCUGUCCCGAGGUGGCUCAGGGCCAGCUGGACCUUUACCCCGCCUGCCAGCCCGAAAUGAGCGGAUCCACCCAGGCCCCCUUCCCGGAGCAGGGAUACGGCGGAUUCCCCACGGCCGAGGGGGCUCAGCCCCUGCAGGCGCAGCCCGCCUUGGGAAACACCUCCCAGUGCUUCUUCCAGCCCAAGCUCCUGGACAACAAGCAGGACAUCAAGCUGUCCUCUGGCUCCCCACCCCUGGACAAGUUCAAAGCCCCCUGUGCCCAGUGGGAGCCCCUCACCCAGCACCAGGCCUACUUGCCCACCGGAUACCCUUCUCCCGAAGCAUUCCCGGCCGGAGAGAGCAGCCAGGGGCUGUUCCACCCGCUGGGCUCCAAGAUGGAGAGCGUCCUGUCCGUGAGCUGCCAGUCGGAGCUGGGCAGCCUGGCAGAGGACGCCGCCUGCUUCGGAGCCCAUCUGGGAUUCGGCUGCGAGCCAGAAAACUUCCCGGCCCGCGAGGACUUCACCGACGCCAAGAUCCACAACAUCCCCCCUCCGCUGAUGCCGGAAUUCGAGGCCGCCUUGGCCCAGCCCGAGGUGCUGCCGGGGCUGAUGAGCUCGGCCGAGCUCCUCCACCCUCACCCCUCGCCCUCCGUGCCCCCCACGGACUUUUUGGGCCACGCCGCCGCCUCCUCCUCGUUGCCUUCCCUGCUUCCCGCCAACCCUCCCGCCUCGGCCCAGGAGCCCAAGAGGAAAACCCGGCGCUCCAAGUGCUCCUCCAAGUGCUUCUGCCCCAAGCCCCACGAGAAGGCCUUCGCCUGCCCCGUGGAGAGCUGCGUGCGCAGCUUCGCCCGCUCCGACGAGCUCAACCGCCACCUCCGCAUCCACACGGGCCACAAGCCCUUCCAGUGCCGCAUCUGCCUGCGCAACUUCAGCCGCAGCGACCACCUCACCACCCACAUCCGCACCCACACGGGCGAGAAGCCCUUCUCCUGCGACACCUGCGGGCGCCGCUUCGCCCGCUCCGACGAGAAGAAGCGCCACAGCAAAGUGCACCUGAAGCAGAAGGCCCGGACCGAGGAGAAGCUCAAGGGGCUGGGGUUCUUCUCCGUGGGCCUCUCCUUCGGGACACUGUGAGGCCUCCCCCGUGAGCGCCGGGACGCGCGGCGUUUGCCGAGGUUCCCCCCGAGCGUCUCACGGGAGAGCCGGGGUGGGAAUUCCCUCCUGGGGCGGCCCCCCGGAGACGAGGCGAGGAUGAGCCAUGCCCGGGAAGGAGAAGGGCACGCGGGAGGCGGAGGUUGGGACGUGGAGCCAUCUCCAAAUCCUGUGUUUACAGCUCCCGUUCCGAGGAGGGGGAAAGGAAAGGAAAAAAAACACGGACAGAAAGAAAUGCACGGAGAGGUGGGGGUUUUUUUAAUCCCCAAACCUGCAGACACUCCGUGUUUGUAGCCGUGGUUUCUCCUGCCAGGACUUUGCAGGAUGUUCCCGACCGGAGAUUUCCGGAUGGCACAGUCGGAGCCGUGGCUGCACCGGGUCCUUUCUCCCCAAGGAGAGAGAUGCCACCAGGCUCUGGAAACCAGUGCCUAACAGGCCCUUUGGAAAGGUGAUACCAUUAUUAUUAUUAUUAUUAUUAUUAUUAUUAUUAUUAUUACUAUUAUUAUUAUCCUGUUUGUAAAAAAAAGCCAAAUCCUCUAUCAGGAAUAUUCCAGAUUUGUGUCUAUUUUUCUAAUUAAAGGUUUGAGCUGAUCCAA